GGUGGACCCUGGAGCCUGGGCUAGCUUGCAGAGGAAUGCCAGGCAGGUGUAUGUGGCUCAGUGGAUGCUGUCAGACCAGCAGAGGCCUCUGACCAAUCAGCAGAGACUGGGAGGGAGAGAGGGAGAGCUGCUGGGAUUUUUUUUUUUUCUUCCCUUCCCUAUUUCCAUUCUUUAUUUGGAGACGGAGGACUCAGUGCUUGUGAGACACCGAGGGUGAUGGAGAACGAUCGCACACAAAGCCUGAUUUCCCAUCUCUGAACCAGCUCUCUCCUGCAGCUAGCCGCUCGCUGACGCUUCAUUCCCACAUUCCGAAACUUCAUCAAUGCGGUUCUUCAGACUUACCUUCAAGUGUUUUGUGGAUUGUUUCUGAACCCCCUCCCUAGCCCCCCACGGUUCUCUCUUGUCUUUUUCUUUUAUUCCUAAAUUAUUUAAUAAUUUUAUUUUUCUUUCUUUUUUAAACAAAAAGAAAAAAAAAAAGAAAAAAAAAAGAGACUGACUACACGAGUAUAUUUUUUAUCUGCGGCGGGAAAAAAAAGAGAGAGAAAUAUAUAUAUAUUAAAAAUAUAUAUAUACGUACUGUAUAGAUACAUAUAUACAGCCCUCUGCAAAUAAUGCGAAGUAUAGCAUCACCACCAAAAGAGAAGAGCGCAGAGAAAGAUGGGGGCUAUGGGGCCCCGGAAAGUGUGGUAUCCGAGACAGCAGGAGGGGGGGAAGCAAUCCCAGACGAAAAGGCUGCCAUCGCUCCUCUGGUGCUGCCUGCGAUGGGCCCAGUCAAAAUACCCAUCCCUGAGAGAGAGACUUGGACCCGGCAGAUGGAUUUCAUCAUGUCCUGUGUGGGCUUUGCGGUCGGACUAGGCAACGUGUGGAGGUUUCCGUAUCUCUGCUACAAAAAUGGAGGAGGGGUGUUUCUCAUUCCCUACCUGCUGAUUGUCUUCGUUGGAGGAAUUCCGGUUUUCUUUUUGGAAAUUGCUUUGGGUCAGUUCAUGAAGCAAGGAGGAAUUGCAGCCUGGAACAUCGCGCCACUUUUCAAAGGUCUUGGCUUUGCGUCAAUGGUGAUCGUGUUCUUCUGUAACACCUAUUAUAUUAUGAUUCUGGUCUGGGGCCUCUACUACCUGGUACACUCCUUCUCCAACACCUUGCCCUGGGCUACUUGUGGACAUCCCUGGAACACAAAGGAGUGUACCGAAGUCUUCCUUCCAGACCAGUGCUCCAAUGAUACUACAGCUAACAGCACCGACUCCAGCGGCGUGUACAACAUCAGCUGUGACGCUCUUCUUAACAAACGUUCCCCCGUCAUCGAGUUCUGGGAGAAUAAGGUGCUGCAGAUCUCCGCGGGCCUGGAUCAGCCUGGGCAAUUAAACUGGCAAAUUAUACUGUGCCUGAUGGCCACCUGGAUCAUUGUAUAUUUCUGCAUCUGGAAGGGAGUGAAAUCAACAGGAAAGGUGGUCUACUUCACAGCCCUGUUUCCAUAUGUGGUCCUGAUUGUCCUUCUGGCCCAUGGGGUCACUCUGCCGGGAGCACUGGAUGGCAUUGUAUACUAUCUAAAACCUAACUGGUCUAAGCUUGCUGAAGCUCAGGUGUGGAUUGAUGCUGGAACUCAGAUCUUCUUCUCCUAUGCUAUCGGUUUAGGGGCGCUGACCGCCUUGGGCAGCUACAACAGAUUUAACAAUAACUGCUACAGAGACGCCUACAUACUGGCUGCUAUAAACAGCUCCACAAGCUUCUUUGCUGGAUUCGUCGUGUUCUCCGUCCUAGGGUUCAUGGCAUCAGAGCAGGGCGUUGACAUAUCCAAAGUUGCUGAGUCUGGUCCUGGAUUGGCCUUUAUCGCUUACCCAAAGGCAGUAACUUUGAUGCCCUUUGCUCCCAUCUGGGCUGCCCUGUUCUUCUUUAUGCUAUUGGUUCUUGGUUUAGACAGCCAGUUUGUGGGGGUCGAGGGAUUCAUUACCGGGAUCCUGGAUUUAUUUCCUCACCCAAUUAAUGGCUUUUUGCGCAGGGAGGUCAUCGCUGCACUCUGUUGCCUUCUAUGCUUCAUUAUUGACCUCUCCAUGGUGACCGAGGGCGGGAUGUACGUCUUCCAGCUUUUCGACUACUAUUCCGCAAGUGGCAUUACUCUUCUGUGGCAGGCCUUCUGGGAGUGUGUGGUUAUUGCGUGGGUUUACGGUGCUGACCGCUUCAUGGAUGACGUUGCCCGGAUGAUCGGUUACCGGCCUCUCCCGUACAUGAAAUGGUGCUGGUCUGUGAUUACCCCGCUAGUCUGUGUGGGUAUUUUUGUGUUUCACGUGAUCAACUACAAGCCUCUAACGUACAACAAAACAUAUGUCUACCCGUGGUGGGGCGAGGCGAUUGGCUGGGGUCUUGCCCUGUCGUCCAUGCUGUGUAUCCCGCUGACUCUCGUAUGCAAGCUGCUGGGAUCCAAGGGUUCUCUGCGCGAGUGGUUUCCCGCUUCCAAGUGAUGUCCUGUUCUCCUGCAACUUUACUAGCAGCAACAGUAUGUUUUUUUUUCCAUGCUUCUGUGCUUUCCAGCCAUGCUUAUAUAUUAUCCUGGAACAAUGUUUAUGUUCGUUGCCCAGGGAUGCAACGUUACUCGUCUGUGCUCUCACAGUUGGAUACAAAAUGUAUUUACAAAGCAGCUUGGUGUUGUACUCCAAAUAAUCACAUCUGCCAGACAUCAUAAAGACAUGGCUAAAAUGCACAGAAAAACGUAGGAAGGAAAAAGGAGGGUGUUUAGUAACAGUUGCCCAAAGUCAUGUAUGAGCCAAUCAAUAUAAGUGACCUAAUAUAAGUCACCUGACAGUGCACAUGUCUGAGAAAUCUACUUGUGAGAAAUCUACUUGAAAAUGUGGCUCUGUGUGAAGCAUUAUUUCCCCCAACUGACUUUAUGUCUAGUUACACCAUUAAAAUUAGAUACAAUUAACAAGUCCUUAAAUUGUCCACGAAGUGACUAUAUCUACACCCAGUUUGGCCACAUGCAUGGAGCCCAGACCGUGUGGUCAACACCAGACCAUAGCAUACCUCCCAACAUGAUCCUCUCCAGGAAGGACAGAAUGCUCUGCUCCUGGACUUCCCUCUUAAUGUAUGAUUGCCAUCACCUGUACUGAAACACCUUUCUAAUCCAUUAACCUGUUCAAAACAGGUUCCGGCAAU